CUUGCUGCAGUUUGUAGACGUAAACUUAAAUGUGGUCUGAAGAAGAAGUUCCAGAGAGUGUUUGAGGGCAUCGCUAAAGCAGGACAGUCGACCCUCCUGAAUGAGAUCUACACAGAGCUGUACAUCACAGAGGGAGGGACUGCAGAGGUCAAUGAUGAACAUGAGGUCAGACAGAUUGAAGCAGCAUCCAGGAAAGCAGACAGAGCAGAAACAAGCAUCAGACCAGAAGACAUCUUUAAAGGCUCACCUGGAAGAGAUGGACCAAUCAGAACAGUGAUGACACAGGGAGUGGCUGGCAUCGGGAAAACAGUGUUAACACAGAAGUUGACUCUGGACUGGGCUGAAGACAAAAGCAACCAGGACAUCCACUUCAUGUUUCCAUUGACUUUCAGAGAGCUUAAUGUGCUGAAAGAGAGAAAGUUCAGUUUGGUGGAACUUGUUCAUCACUUCUUCAGUGAAACCAAAGAAGCAGGAAUGUGCAGGUUUGAAGACUUCCAGGUUGUGUUGAUCUUUGACGGGCUGGAUGAGUGUCGCCUUCCUCUGGACUUCCACAACAAUGAGAUCCUGACUAAUGUUAGAGAGUCUACCUCAGUCGAUGUGCUGCUGACAAACCUGAUCAGAGGGAAUCUGCUUCCCUCUGCUCGCCUCUGGAUAACCACACGACCUGCAGCAGCCAAUCAGAUCCCUCCUGACUGUGUGGACAUGGUGACAGAUGUCCGAGGGUUCACUGACCCACAGAAGGAGGAGUACUUCAAGAAGAGAUCCAAAGAUGAGGAGCAGGCCAGCAGCAUCAUCUCCCACAUUAAAGCAGCACAAAGCCUCCACAUCAUGUGCCACAUCCCAGUGUUCUGCUGGAUCACUGCUACAGUUCUGGAGGAGCUGCUGAGAACCAGAGAGGGAGGAGAUCUGCCCAGAACCCUGACUGAGAUGUACAUCUACCACCUGGUGGUUCAGACCAAAGUCAAGAAGGUCAAGUAUGAUGGAGGAGCUGAGACAGAUCCACACUGGAGUUCAGACAGCAGGAGGAUGAUUGAGUCUCUGGGAAAACUGGCUUUUGAGCAGCUGCAGAAAGGAAACCUGAUCUUCUAUGAGUCCGACCUGACAGAGUGUGGCAUCGAUCUGGAAGCAGCCUCAGUGUACUCAGGAGUGUUCACACAGAUCUUUAAAGAGGAGAGAGGGCUGUACCAGGACAAGGUGUUCUGCUUCAUCCAUCUGAGCGUUCAGGAGUUUCUGGCUGCAGUCUACAUGUUCCACUGUUACACCAACAAGAAGGAGAAGGUUCUGGAGGACUUCCUGGGAAAAGACUGGAAAGAUGAGGGGAGAGACACUCUGGAUGUGUUCCUGAAGAGAGUCAUGGAGAAAUCCCUCAGAAGUAAAAAUGGUCACCUGGACCUGUUUGUUCGUUUCCUUCAUGGCCUCUGUCUGGAGUCCAACCAGAGACUCUUAGGAGGUCUGCUGGGUCGGACAGAGAACCAUCCAGAAAUGAUCCAGAGAGUCAUCAACAACCUGAAGAAGAUGAACAGUGAUGAAAUGUCUCCAGACAGGAGCAUCAACAUCUUCCACUGUCUGAUGGAGAUGAAGGAUCUCUUAGUACAUAAGGAGAUCCAAGAGUUCCUUCAGUCAAAGAACAGAUCAGAGAAAUUCCUCUCUGAGAUCCACUGCUCGGCUCUGGCCUACAUGCUGCAAAUGUCAGAGGAGGUUCUGGAUGAGUUGGACCUGAAGAUGUACAGAACAUCAAAGGAGGGAAAACGGAGACUGAUUCCAGCUGUGAGGAACUGCAGAAAGGCUGGGUGA